UCAACCCACAAGAACCGCCUGAAAAAGAACCAGAAGAAACAACCGCACAUUGUGCGUGCACGUCUUGAGGAAACGAAUUUUGCCGGUUACAACAGCAUCCCCAGCAGCCUGCGACGUGCCACGAUGGACGCGUAGUUGGACGCACCGCGGUGGACACGAAAGUAGCGGCGCAAAAGGCAUGGCCCAACGAGAAACCCUUCGUGAGCGCCAGGAAAAUGAGUUGGAAGUAAUUAAGUCCAUUUUCCACGAUGAAGUUGAAGAUUUGCGUCCUCGAGAAGGUAAAUGGAAACCGCUCGAGCUGAAACUCAGCCUGACGCCACAGAAAGGAUCGGCAAAGGAGGCGUACGUGAAAGCUGACCUACACAUUUCCUGCACAUCCAAGUACCCUAAGACCCCACCGAAGGUAGAGCUGAAGAAUGCCGUUGGACUUCCGAAUAGUCUCGUGCGUGAGCUGACGCAACAGCUGCAGCAGCAGGCCGAAGAGCUGAAGGGGGACGAGAUGAUCUUUCAGCUGGCCAGUACGGUGCAAACGUUUCUCCAUCAGCAUAAUGUCCCACCGAAGGGUAGCUUCUACGAUGAGAUGCUUGCCAGCCGGCAACAGCAAGCACUGGCCCGUGAGACCGUGCUCGAGGCAGAACAGAUCCAGAAACGGCAAGCAGUACGGGAAGAGCUGCAGCGGCUCAAGAAGGAAUUGCAGCGCACGAGACGAGAAUCACGCCACAGUGGCAACGAGACGAGCCCGAUGCAUCGUUUGCACACGAGCUCCUCGACGGAGAAUAGUGACGGUGUGUUCUGUCUCGAGCAUCGACGGAGUGAGCUGCUGUAUCUACGGGAUGGCCGCAAAGUGUUACGCGGUGCCUGCUUAGGACACUCGCAACGUGGAUGUAUUACGUUCCCUGGUGUCGAUCAGCAAACCGGCGAGCUGGUCUAUCUGACCGAAUGGACCGUAUGCUACGAUGGUGAUGCGGAGAGCAAAACCAUCCACGGUCGUCCGGUCGACGCCGUUGUGGCCGAUAUCGAGCGCCUGGUGGACGGAAUAACGUCCCUCAAGCACAAGAACGUGAUCGCGUACGAAGGAGUGUUGUGCCGGGUGGGCAAGGAAGCACUGACGCUGAUUGUGGCCCAAGAAUUCAUCCUCGGAAUCAGUCUGUUCGGAAUAUCCGGUACGCUGGGCUGGAGCGUCGAGGGUGCCAGUAUGGUGGCCAAAGGCAUUCUCGAGGCACUGAUCUACCUCCACAACAAUGGUGUAUCGCACGAUAAUCUCUCCGAUUCGACCGUUUUCAUGGACAACGCCGGUAUGGUGCGUGUGGCCGACUUCCGCCUUAUACCCUACAUCCAGGAACUGUCCGAUGCCCAGGCCCAACCCUGCCGUAGUGCCGAUCUGCCUGCCCUUGGCUCACUCAUUGAAGCGCUGCUCGUGCCACACUCCGAGAUGAAGGAUUUUAUCGAACGCUGCAAAUCGGAACGAACGAUCUCGGCUACGGAUCUUCUCGAUCAUCCGUUCCUUCGACCGAAUCUACUUCUUCUUCAGCACGAUCACGUGAAUGGUGGUGGUGGUGCUGUUGGUGGAAUGGCUACCGGUGCAGCUGCACUAACGACCAACGCUGGAGCCGCUACAUUUGCAGCUGGGAACGAUCAGGAUCAACCUCAGUUACUCGCUCAUCAGCCACAGGGCGCCGGAACCAUGGCCCCGUACAUACCGCCACUAAUGAGCACGUGCUCGGUGACGGGCCUUGAGAAGUCUCGCAUUCAAACGGAAUUCGAAAUACUGUCCUACCUCGGCAAGGGAGCGUACGGUGAUGUGCUGAAGGCUCGCAACAAGCUCGACAAUCGGGAGUACGCCAUCAAACGCAUCCGGUUGCCGGCACGCAGCAAACAAUUCUACAAAAAGAUGACUCGCGAGGUGGAGCUACUGUCGCGGUUGAACCAUGAGAAUGUGGUCCGGUAUUAUAACAGCUGGGUUGAAGCGAUCAGUGCUUGCGAUACUACGCAGAGCAAGGCACAGAGUGGCACCGGUGGACAGUGGAGCAGUUGUGAUGGUUGGUCAAUCAGUAGCAGAGGACGGCGUGGAAGACGCUCGACCAAUGCCACCGCUACCGGCAAGGGAAGCGGUACUGUCGUGAAGAAGGAACUGGUGGACAAGAACACCGAUUGGUUGGUAGAUUUCCUGCCAAACGAUUCCAGCGACAGCGAUGAUGAUGAAGAGGAAGAUGAGGAUGAGGAUGAGGACGAGGAGGACAGCAGCAACAGCAGUGAGGAUGCGAGUAGUAGCGAUGCGGAUGGUAAGAAGCCCAACGCCGACGACGAGGACGACAGUUCCGGUGGUAUCGAGUUCGUUGGAUCGAACGGUGAGGUCGCUUCGUACAAUACCUUCAGCGAGGGAGGAGGAAUCGUGCUCAAUGCACAAUCGGCCGUUACACCCAGCCCGGAGAUACUGUACAUGUACAUCCAGAUGGAGUUCUGUGAGAAGAGUACCCUCCGGACGGCGAUCGAUGGUGGCCUCUACCAGGAUAUCGAUCGUGUAUGGCGCCUGUUUCGGGAGAUCGUUGAGGGUUUGAGCCACAUCCAUCAGCAGGGCAUGAUCCAUCGGGAUCUGAAGCCGGUCAACAUUUUCCUCGAUUCCCGGGAUCAGGUAAAGAUAGGCGACUUUGGGCUGGCCACAACCAGCAUUCUGGCACUGCAGAAUCAAGGUGCACUCCAUAGCGCAACGAAUGGACACCAUUUGGCCGGUACACCCGGUGGUAAACUGUCCGAGACGAUGGGCAACUGUUCACUGACGGGCAAGGUUGGUACCGCACUGUACGUAGCACCGGAACUGACGGGAAAUGCGUCACGAUCGACCUACAACCAGAAGGUGGACCUGUACUCGCUCGGUAUCAUUCUGUUCGAGAUGAGCUGCACACCGCUGAGCACGGGCAUGGAGCGUGUAAAGACGCUGAUGGAACUACGAUCCGAUGAGGUACGCCUACCGGGAAGUAUGAUCUCCGAUGCACGCUACGCUCGCCAGGUACAGGUCAUCCGCUGGCUGUUGAAUCACGAUCCCAACAAACGACCAUCGGCCGAAGAGCUGCUGUCCUCCGAACUCGUACCCCGCACGAGGCUCGAAGCGGAAGAGAUACAGGAUGUGGUGCGGCACAUUCUGUCGAACCCACAGUCACGUCACUACAAGCAUCUCAUUGCACGCUGCUUCGCCCAGGAAAGUGAUACAAUCUGUGAGCUUAGCUAUCACUUUGAUAUGGUACCGAUGGUACCGAGUUUGUCACGGUUUGACUACGUAAAGGCUCGCCUUAUUGCGCUCUUCCGGAAGCAUGGUGCCAUCGAGGUCGUGACACCUCUGCUCACACCUUUCACUAAACAUCAGGCACGCUCGAACACGGUCCGUCUGAUGACACACUCCGGUAGCAUCGUUACGUUGCCCGAAGAUCUACGGAUACCGUUUCUGCGCCAUGUCGCCCUGAAUGGUAUACGGUACAUCCGCCGGUACUCGAUCGGACGCGUGUACCGUGAGAAGAAGGUGUUUAACUUUCACCCAAAACAGGUCCACGAAUGUGCAUUCGAUAUCGUCACUCCAACCACAGGACAUCUCAUUACGGAUGCGGAACUACUUGCCAUAGCGAGCGACGUGCUGCGCGAACUCAAUUUGCUACAAAAUCGGAAUGUGUUCUUCCGUAUUAACCACACCGGGCUGCUGAGGGCACUGUUGCUGCACUGUUGCGUCCCGGAGGACAAAUACCGUGAGCUGUUUGAGCUGGUGUACGAGUUUCUGGAAGAUAAGAUCUCCAAGUUCCAGCUAAACUCCCUGAUCAAUGCUCACAUCACUGGUGGAGCCAAAGCGGUAAACCUUAGCUAUCUCUGCGAAGCGCUUCAACUCGAGGUGCCGGUUGGUCAACUGGCAAGCACACUGCUGAAGACCAUUAUCCGAGGGAAAACUGAGCAUGCCACUUUAGCGAAGACAGCUGUGCGUGAGCUGGAGCUAGUGAUAACGUUGGCACAGAAUAUGGGCGUACAGUGUGCGAUGAACGUGUGCCCUGGGCUGCCGGUGAACUAUGAGGGUGCCAAGCGAGGUGGCAUCGUGUGGCAGCUGCUGGCAGAAUUGAAACCGAAGCGUAAGAACCCACUCACGACGAUUGCCGUCGGUGGACGGUACGAUUCCAAACUGGACGAAUUCCAGAAAUCUGGUCUAAAUAAUGGACUACCGGUUCCGAAGGUGGAUCUACAUGGAGCAGGGUUUUCGUUUCUGUUCGAUAAGCUUGUCAAUGCGAUCGCACCCAGUUCCGGUUACGAACCGAUCGAGGUGAUGAUCUGUGUCACCGGUAGCCGACCACAGUUGAAAGAAGUGGCCACCAUUCUACGGCCACUCUGGUCAAACGGUAUCAAAACGGGAGUCAUCGAAUCAUCGUCAACUGCCGGUGGUGGUGCAGUGGAUGAUCUGGGAAAGGAAGCGGGCGCCAAGAUCGUCGUACUGAUCGGUGACGGUGGUGAGCUACGAGUCCGCUCCUGGGAUCACGAUCGGUUCCAAGAACGGCACGUCACGCGGCCCGAUUUGAUCGCUUACAUUUUAAAAACCUUCCGCUCCGAGGGUACCGCCAGCGAUGGUUACGCUUCACAGGCAGCACUACUCAGCACCGGUUCCGGCAGCAGUGGAUCCGGAUCAUCAUCCGGUGUUUCGGCGACACUCUUUUCCGCCUUCACCAAUCAACCAAACUCCUUGAGCGCCAGCCAAUCUCAACCCAUCAACGGUGCCCCACCGCUCGAUCUCGUGUUUCUCACGAGCGAAAAAGUGAACACAAGCAAAAAGCGCCGCUACGAGCACCAGGUGGAACACAAGCUAUCGCCGGUGUUGUGCAAGUUCCAUCGAAAGGAAAAAGUGACACUCAUCAUGGUGGAUCUUCCGAAUUUGCCACUCCGUGGGCUGGUCGGAUUGAUUGAUCCGCUCGAAUGUGGCACCCAGGGGGACGAUGAUUCCGCACCCGACAGCUUAGCGAUCGAUCGGGCCGAACUGCAGACACUCUGCGAACGCUAUCCCAAGUACAAGCGGCAACUGAUGGAGCUUUACAGCGAGAUCGUGGACAUGUUCGUACAAAGCAAGGGCCGUACACCGAUCGUUGGUGUGUACAGUGUCAUCGACACGUUCUGCCGCCUGAUUCUGUAAUACUGGGGGGGCACCUGGUGGCCACCAAAGUGAGGUGCCGUGCUUAUUUAUGUAAAAUGCUAGUUUUAAGCUGAUCAAAGUCAAGAAAGAGAAUCAAUGUUUUA